AUGUGGCUGAAAGACGAUCUGAAACGAUUUCGUUAUUUAGUAACGCUCCAUACGAUUUGCACAAUAUUUUUCAUCAUCCGUUUUAUCGUGUUGUGCACAGACUUAUCAUCAGCUAAAAGCGAUUCGAUAAGUUUCUCAGUGAUCAUUCUAUUAAUCGAGUUGGGUUCGUCAUUUCUAACAUUUGUCGCCAAUUUAUGUUACGUCUCACUUCGUUAUAUUGGUCCGAUUCUAUUCGAAUCUGAUCGAGAACGAGUUGCUUGUUGCUCUCAAACAUUCGCAUGGAACUUCUCUACAUUGACUUGCAUUCGUUGUGAGUGUUAUCUUGAACAUCCUCAACUUGUUCUCUUGACACGCCUGUUCAUCUUAAUCCUUUUCGAAAUCAUGCGAUUUGUUGCUUUCAUUCUCGCUUGCGUCUGCGCUAAUCGAUACAGUCCGAUUGGAUUGGGUUAUGCCAUUCUUGCUGCAUUUUCAUUGGUUCCUGCGUUGAUCCUAUUACUUGUGGAAUUCUUACAUUAUUAUCGUUUGUGGUUUCAUUAUCGACCGGUUACGGCACAAAACAGAAAACCACAGUAUGGUCAGCGUCAUUUAGGUUUCUUACCACUAUCAAUAACCAAUGAUCAACAGACAAGUCAUUGGCAGAAUUCUCGUUGUGCCAAGGGCAACAAUUGCACAUCGAGAAAUCUUUAUCAUGUCAUUAUGUAUCAUUCUGGUAAUACGAGAUAUCCACCGGAGCAAACUGAAGACAAUCAAACGGUCGUCGGUUUUCAUCAAACUAGUCACAAAUUUGCAUCGUUGAUUGCACAGGAUAAUUUGAGAGCGUCAUCUGAUGGCUGGAUUGGGCCGGGAAUAUAUUUCGCGACAUCGCUGAACCACACAGAAUUUAAAGCAAAUCAAUUUGGUGCAUAUAUCUGUGCAAAAGUUAAUCUGGGAAAAACCAAACGAAUAACUGAUCCCAAGGAAUGGCGUUCUAAAGAGAAAUAUGAUACGAUUUACUACGCACAUCCACUGGGUGCAGAUGAAUUUUGUGUGCACACACCGGCGCAGAUCCACUCGUGGAUUAUUGUGAUUAAUCAGGAUCCCAAUGAACAAUUGUUAAAAGAGAAAAAUAAUGAAAGAUUAGAGUCAGGAAAAUAUGUAGAAGAUUAUGUAGAAGAUCAAGUUUAUAGAGGAUGUCUAUUUCAAGUUUGA